CCAGGUUUCUUGCCUUGAUGUACUGGAGCAAUCAGAUCACACGGCGGCUUGGAGAGUGAGUGCAAGGUUUUAUGAGUGGAAUUAGCCCUCAGCAGAUGGGGGAGCCAGAAGGCAGUUGGAGUGGGAAGAACCCAGGGACCAUGGGCGCCUCCAGGCUCUAUACCCUGGUGCUGGUCCUGCAGCCUCAGCGAGUUCUCCUGGGCAUGAAAAAGCGAGGCUUCGGGGCCGGCCGGUGGAAUGGCUUUGGGGGCAAAGUGCAAGAAGGAGAGACCAUCGAGGAUGGGGCCAGGAGGGAGCUGCAGGAGGAGAGCGGUCUGACAGUGGACGCCCUGCACAAGGUGGGCCAGAUCGUGUUUGAGUUCGUGGGCGAGCCUGAGCUCAUGGACGUGCAUGUCUUCUGCACAGACAGCGUCCAGGGGACCCCCGUGGAGAGCGACGUAGAGACGGGGUUUCACCGUGUUAGCCAGGAUGGUCUCGAUCUCCCGACCUCGUGAUCCUCCCGCCUCGGCCUCCCAAAGUGCUGGGAUUACAGAAAUGCGCCCAUGCUGGUUCCAGCUGGAUCAGAUCCCCUUCAAGGACAUGUGGCCCGACGACAGCUACUGGUUUCCACUCCUGCUUCAGAAGAAGAAAUUCCACGGGUACUUCAAGUUCCAGGGUCAGGACACCAUCCUGGACUACACGCUCCGCGAGGUGGACACAGUCUAGCGGGAGCCCAGGGCAGCCCCUGGGCAGGAGACGUGGCUGCUGAACAGCCGCAAACCAUCUUCACCUGGGGGCACUGAGUGGCGCAGAGCCGGGUUUCAUCUGGAAUUAACUGGAUGGAAAGGAAAAUAAAGGUAUCUAGCGGUG